AUGACUGCGGGUACAUACCAAGCGACUUUGGAGGACAGAAUUCAAGAAGUGCAAGGCAAGUUUGCCGCUUUAGACGUCAAGAACAUCGACGAACGUCAGCGUGGACUUCCGUUGGAAACAUCAAGUGAGGUUGGAGCUUCUGUUGGCUCGGCUGGUCAUCUGCGAAUGAAACCGCCUCAAUUUGAUGUUACAACGCCUUGGAAUGUCUACCGGCGUCAGCUUGAGGCAUCUGCGAAUGCAAAUGGUUGGUCAUCGACCAAAAAGGCAACUGCACUCACUUUGGCCCUGCGAGGAGAUGCUCAAGCUAUUCUUCAAAGGCCAGUCACCUAUAGAACAUAUCUACCAUACUCAACUAAAGAAUCGGUUACAGAUGUCAGGCGAGUCCUUGCAGGAGUUCGAAGAGGAUAUUGCGCGGUGAAAGUUUUGGAAAAGCACAUCACAAACAGUGCAAAAAACGCUACUUAUUUGAGCCCUCAAAUGCAAAAUGAGAUCAUACAAACAGCUUCAGAUAUCGUUACAGAAAAAAAUAUAAAUAAAAUACACAAUACUGAUUGCUUCAGUAUUCUUGGAGUUGAAACAAUGGAUGUUUCAGACACCGAGCAAUUAUCACUAUGUUUGCGAUAUGUUGAUUUUACGAAGGAUCCGAACACUCCAGUAUUGAGAGAAGAUUUUGUUGGCUUUGUCCCCAUAGAUGAGCAAUGUUCCGAGAAUCUCAGUAACGUUAUUCUGCAGCGAUGUAAGGAGUUGAAACUGGACAUAAUAAGUGUGUCGGACAAGGAUACGAUGAAGCCGCAAACAUGGCAGUUAAUCGAACAGUGCCAGUAG